UAUACUUUUAGGGCAACAAACAGUGAUGGCCGUGCAGGGCAGUUUCUCUCCCAAGAGGCCUUUACUCCUGGGACCUACAAGAUGUUCUUUGACACUGGCGAUUAUUUCAGGCAGCAAGGAACCACAGGAUUCUACCCAUAUGUGGAGAUUGUAUUUGUUAUUGAAAAGCCAGAAGAACAUUACCAUAUUCCUCUUCUGUUAAGUCCGUAUGGAUACUCUACCUACAGAGGCAGCUAAAUGCUACUUUUUCCUGAUUCAUGCCCAAUGUGACACCUGAAGAUUACUGCAGAGAUUGCCUGGGUCCUACUGGAUGAUUGAAUAUUAUGGUUCUAGAACUGUACAAGCAGUAUCAAUUAUUUUGUCUCAUGUUAAUUUAUUUUAAGCAUUUGUUUACUGAUACAACUAAUAAAAUUCACUUUAAUAAAAAAUUUGUUAAUGUGAUAUUUUAAUACAUUAUUGUUUUUCUCUAAAGAAAGGUAAAUACUAUAUAUUAUCUCAUACACUUAUGGUUAUGUUUAAACUAUCAAGGGAAUAUUACUUUUAUUAGCUGAAUAUGAAAGAGAUAGGUUAAGUGAAAGAAAUGGUGGAGAAUAAAAUAGUCUUUUAAUUUCCUUCCUAUUAUAAAUGGUGCUGAAGCUGUAGUCCAGAAUAAUUUCAUGAAUGCUGUAGAAUAGGUGUAUGACAAGAUCUAAUUUAUAGUAUGUCUUGGCAGAUGAUAGAUGUGGUCCAGAAUGAUUUCAUGUUGAUAUGAUAAUAAUGAAUGCUGUAGAACAGGUAGUUAAGUCCUAAUUUAUGGUAUGUCUCGGCAGAUGAUAUUUUAAUUUCAAUCACUAAAUCCUAUAAAUACUCUACUGCAGUCAGUUAGGAGCUUUAUACACUGAAUCUUAUGUGUAAAGGUUAAUUUUUGUUUUAUGACCUUGGUGAUGCAAAACUUAUUAUAGCAAAUAAGAUAUACAUACAUGAGAUUAUUGUUUUUUCUGUCAUGAGUUGGUGCUAGAAAAAAAACUACUUGCAUGCCUUGGUUUGUAUUUCAAGUAAUACAACUUUAAUUUAUAAGAAAAAUAAAGUAAGAUCUGUUU